UGCGCAAUUAUUUUUAAGUAACUUUUUAUAGUUAUUUUUGCAUCGUAAUGUUAAUAGCCGCGCGAGAACGACAACGGCGGUUUUGGAAAACGCAUCACAAUUAUUUUGUGUCUAUGAAGUCAAAACGGCGAUAUGAAUGAAGUAACGAAAAUUGUACAUAUACAGUUUACAAAUAUAGUAUUACGCGUAAAUGUGUUAGGAAGAGAUUUUUUGUAUUACCAAACAUUACUACGCUAAUAGUCAGUCUAUAAUACGUGAACACCGGACUGACGACGAAUGUGUACCUAUAUGACAUAAAAUGAAUCAAAUAAAUGAAUAUUUAAUACGAAGCGGUUUUAUCAAUAAUAUCAUAAUUCUAAUAAUACGAAUCAUGUCAAGAAAGAUCUGCCAUCGUGAUAGAGAGCUCAGUCAAAUACUUGAACAAGUGGAAGCUCUUUCAGCUGUGGUGGACGAACUUAGGACGGAGCUAAAUCAUUUGAAAAAAGUAUCAUGCAGCGUAAAUCAUGAAAAUGUAUGUUUUGAGUCUGUAAACGAGAAUAACAAAAUUGAUUAUGUUCGUCCGAGCGUAUUACGAAAAGUGAGGGCAUAUUUUGAAAGUAUUGGAGUUUCCGCAAGGAUCAACGAAACGUGUGAGCUUACAAAAAAUAACCAGACCUUGAAAAAAAAGGACCAAGAACCAACUAGAUUUUUAGCGAUAUACGGCGGCUUGAAAUAUUUUAAAAACAAGAUCAUUAAAAAUAUACAAAAUGUUCGAAAGACUCCACAAUCCCCAAAGAGCACAAAGAAUAAGUGUAUAACGUCCAGUCAAGAACAGCAACAAGAAGUAUGUUUCUUGCAAAAAAAAGAGCAAAAUUUUUUACAAUUCAGAAACAGGAACGAAGACACAAAUAAGUACACUGACAUCAGUGGAGAAUUGGGUAAUUUGGCCGAUACUACAUUUACAUCUGAUGAUUCUGUACAAACAGAUAUUGCUAUAUGUUCACGUCAAGAAGAUGACAAGAAGAAAUUAUACAGUUAUUGUAAUCGUCUUGCAAGACGAAACAUUAUAGGCAAUAAUAAGCAAACCAGCCCGUUGAUAAAUAAUGAUCGAUCUGUGAUUUACUCAGAUAGAUUCGCAGACGAAUUUUCGAAAAAUCGUGUGAGACAAACGUUCUUAAAGAAUAAAAUAAAAAGAUAUAGAAAGUGUUCAUGUGGGGAACAAUGUCCUUACGCGCUGUACAAAUUGCCGUGUAAUAAAUACAGAUGCAGCACACCGGAAAAAAAAGUAGACGAAAUCGGAUUGUCACUCGAGUGCCUAAGUUUCGGGGAAAAGAAAGAUUUUCCGAAGUUCAUAAAUGUCGAUACGGUACGAAAUGAUGAACGUUUCACGGAUUCUUCGCCCGUCGAAGUUGGAAUGGACGAAUCUUUAGCUUCCUCACUUUCGGUGGAACUUGAAGUUGAUAUCUGUAACGAUUGCUGCGACUCGGAGAACGUCGACGAAUUUACUGAGCGAAGAAAAGCCAGAACGUAUCUUGUAAACAGAACGAGUCCGAGAAAAGAUGAUUUAAUUAAAGAUUUUAGGGCUGAGAAUGAAACGUCUUUCAAUGUAAUUUCCUCCUGGAGAAAUAUAAGUGAAAAAAAGAAAGAGAUCAAUGAAGUAGUGAAGAAAGUCUUGUUUAAAAAAAGAUGCAUAUAUUCCGAAGAAAAUAAUCGAGGGUAUAAAAAAUCCGAGGACUUUAUCAGCAGUAAUUGGCCAAUAAAAGACGAUAAGCAAAUUCAAUACGUUAUUUCUGCAUUGACAACUCCAGUAUUUAAUAGACAAAUAUCCGUAGGAACUUCAACUUUAAAUUUUCAACAAAAAGGCAUUCAGUCGUGUCAAACGACAGGCAAGGCGAGAUACAAUUGUGUUCCUAAAAUAAUAAUUCCAAGACGGAAAACGAAUAUUGAAACGCAAACUGAUAAACUUUCGUGCUUGAAUUGCCUACAAAACAGAUCGUCGGCUUUGGAUGAUUGUACAAAUGGCAAAACCGCAAAAGAGACAGGUGACAAAGAGGAGAGAAGAAAGAUUACAAGGAAAAGAAAUAUCUGUGAUAUUUGCGCCAUCGAGAUGGAUGCUUCAAUCAUCGCAAGUAAUUUGGCCUCGAAUGAAAAGAUAUAAUAUUUAUUCUGCUCUCCAAACUGAAGAAGACAUUAACGUUCACUCGAAUAAACCUCUGAGCCAAACUUAUGAUUUAGUUGAAUGGCAAAAUAAGAUAAUGCCUAUGGGAACACUUUGUUCGUGUUGUUGCAAUCGCGUCUUUGAUAAAAGGCACAAAAAUUUCGUGACUUUAUCAAGUCCUAUCGAUUACCAUCCUUCAUCUAAAGCGCUGGAUUUUGACAUGAGCAACGUAUCGAACAAGCUUUAUGAUUGUCUUGAAAAACUCGAGGAUAUUACCACUUGAUAGGUAUUCAAUCGUAAUAUUAAUAUGUAUAUAUAAUAUACGUAUUUUAUCGCACCUUCGGAAUUUGUAGAUUUAAUUAAAUUGAAAAA